AUGACGAUCUACUCCUCGCAUGUUCACAGAGGCGUUGACGCGGCUGUUCGCCACAAGAAACGGCGAAGGCGCGAUCAGGACGCCGAAACUCCGACGCAUGAAGCUUGUAGCACCGCUGAUGGCGCGGAGACAAAGAAGAUGAAAAAGCAGGCCAUUUGCUCCAGCACGGGAAAGUCUGGAGGGGCGCUCGCAAAGAAGUCCUCGAAAAAGCACUCUCGCGACGCGCGGGCCGCCACCGCCGAGGCUGAGGAAGGCGACACUUCGAAGGAUAAUACCCGAGUGGGCAGCCGAGCCCUCAAUGAGGAUGCUAGUCCCGUCUGCGCAACGAAGGCACGCAGGGGGCAAAUGCAUGAGUCGGAAGAAAACUGUGCCAACCGAGACGAGGCUUCACUUCACGAGAGCGAGCAGGACGACAGUGAUGCGUUCGAAGCGGAGGACGCAGACGCGCCGCUCGGUGAAGAGGCGAAAGACAAGCCCUUUACAAAGAGAAAGCGGAAACGGCGGGAAUGCUGGACGAUUGAACAGGUGCGUGAAAGGAUGGCAGAGCUAGUGGCGGAACUCGAAAAACGCGAUGAACUUACAAAGUCCAGGUUGAAGCGAAUUCGCGCACGACUCGCAGUGCUGGCGAAGGCCGAGCGUGGUGAGAUCGAAGUCGGGGGCCAGAUUGAAAAGGCGAAGAAAAAGAAGAAGAGAUCCGCAGAUCGCAGCGAGGGGGAGGGCGAGAAGCGGAAGAAGCCCCCAGGAGGAAGGCGCGACUCGAGCAAGUCAUCGCGGAAGCUUACCGGAUCUCAGAAGAAAAAGCUAAACAAGAUCUGUCUUCGCUGUCGCGAGAAAGGCCAUGUCCUCGAGAACUGCCCUCUGGCGACGGCGACCGGUCCGAACUCGGCUUCUCCCGACGCCGCAGCGAAGGAGGGUGAGGCGAAGGCUCGCCCGAUGAUGAGUGGCGUUUGCUUCAAUUGUGGCGCGACCGACCACACGCUGAAAAACUGCAAAAAGAAACGGAAACCCGACGGAUCUUUGCCUUUCGCACUCUGCUUUAUCUGCGGCGCGAAGGGCCACCUUUCGGCCGGCUGCCCCCAGUCUACAACAGGAAAAUACCCAAAAGGCGGCUGUUGCCGCACGUGCGGAUCAAUUUAUCACCUCCAGAUCGAAUGUCCCGAGUUCCAAAAGCAGCAGAAAGAGCUUGCUGAUCAGAAAAAACUGGGGGGCGCGUCUGGAGGUUCGCGUAGUAGGCCUGACGGCGGGAAGGAGCACUCUGGAGAUCGACUGAAACCACGCAGUUUCAGUGGGAAUAAGGCUGAACGGAAGACGCCACAAAGGACACGGGAGGCCGAUCCAGACGAGUACUGGCAGAACGCAUAG